AUGAGUUCUAUUGAAAACAGUAUUACUCAUGAUCAUAUGUAUUCAAGAAAUUCUGUAAAAGAAAAAGAUUGUAAUAAAAUGAAAAAUUUACCAAAUAAAAAUGAUGACUCAUUAUGUGAUGAUCAUCGAAUAGUUCGUAAAAAAUGUGAUAUUCAAACAAAUGAAGAUCGUAAAGAAUAUAUUCGACGACGAACACUAAACAAUUCAUCAUGUCGAAUAUCUCGUAUUCAUUGUCGUUCAAAAUUUGAUUCUAUGAUAAAAAAAUGUAUUGAAUAUGAAGAUUUAAAUAGAAAAUUAAAAUUUCAAGAAUUAAUUAUUGAUCAAGUAAUUAAUCAAUUGAAAGAACAUUUACGAACAUUAGUUCCAAAUCAUACCAAACAAAAUGAAUAA